AUGGUGAACUCCAGACGGGCCAGCGCGCCCGCUAGCUCCGCACUCAACCAGUUAUCGGCGCCCUCACCCAACGUAAUCAUCGAAGAAAAUGAAGAGGUUCGACCACAGAGACGGAAACUGGCGCAAUGUCUCAAAGAAGGAGCUCAUAUACGAUGUCUUCUGUUGACGCUCAUUCAGGUGGCGUGUUUGACUGCAAUUCUUUGGUGCCGGCUGUCGGUUGUCAAGAGGUACGUUAUCGACUAUCGUACAAUCCCCAUUCGGAGACAGGUGCUUGCCUCACCUUGCGGCGAGGCUCAACUAUAUCUGCCACUCGCCGUGCUCGUUAUCGCUUACAUAGCCUACCUCGUCGAGUGCUAUCACUGUGCGACUAGAUUGCAGCUUUUAUACAAGGUGAGCUCAAGCACUGUGUAUGCGUACAUCAACCAGAUGCGGGAAGCUCAGCCGAUCAUCUGGUGGAAGGCGACCUGUUAUCAUUAUGUUCGUCGAAACCGCCAGGUUAUCCGCUACCGGAAUGGCGAGGCCUACGCGACAAGCCAGUCUUACUACGAGCGAGUUAAUACACACACCUGCGGGUCAUGUUUCUCCUACCAGGGCGUUCGUGACAUCAGUAAAAAACUCGUUGGUUUGGAGGACCACCCCACUACGAAGAUCCGCCUGGGCAAGGGAUUCGCGUUCGCCAAUCUCAACUCCGCACAGGACUUCGAAGAACAAAGGGCACGCUUCUUCGGGGAGCAGGAGAGGUUGGAUGAUUACGUCGAAAUGCGCGAAGGACUCGAUUUAGCAGGGUGCAGUUUCGAGGAGUAUAUCGUAGCUUUCGCAGACAAGCUUCCAUGGUAUAUAAGUCAGACAGGCUUCUGGCUGCUGUCGUUCGUGCUGCUUUCAUGGCCUCUGAGACUGUUCAUAGAAUAUCGCACUGCUCACGUUCAUGUGCAAAUCACCAAACUUUUCGGCGAUGCUCAUCAGCCUUCACUCUCCUCGACCAGCAAUCCGUCUAUGACAACGUGCUUGAACUCGCCCGAUACAAUCGACAAUCACACGCUUGAACCCAUGUCGUAUUCGGAGGCCCUGCUCUAUCGAGAGCUGGGAGACAUACAGGACCUAGACAACCAGGAUGCGCAGUCGAACGUUAAAACGAAUUCGCUCUGCGGCCGGCGCUCUUGGGGAGGCUAUUCCAGUCCAGGAGCGACAUCGCACGAAAUCCUUUUCUACGAGCUCCCUUCACCACCGUCGUAUCUGGACGCAAUUUCUGCGGAAGGCGGAUCCCUACCGCCGGCAGGACCUUUUGGUAUUCUGAGAAGGUCUGUGACGGAUCGCGAUUUGACGAGCCGAGUUUUCGCAGGCUCGAACAUCUCAGAUAGAAAUACAAGGUGGAGCCCCGAGACCCUCCUCUAGCAUCAGCCAGGGGCAGACAGGGACCCAACGAGAUCUCCUCCACGACGGCGCUCUUGUGAUACUUCUGAUAUACAACACUCGUUUCACCAAUAGUUUUCCUUCUGCUACUCAUCGCAUCAUCAGCAUCGCUCAUAUCCCUAUUGGACAUACCGGGAG